CCCUGAUGAAGUGGGGAAGCUGGCAAAACAAAUGCUUGGAUACAACCUCAUUACAAAGCAGACAACAAAGGACGGUGUCAAAGUUAACAAGGUAAUGGUGGCAGAGGCCUUGGAUAUUUCCAGAGAAACAUAUCUAGCUAUUCUAAUGGAUAGAGCCUUCAAUGGACCAGUUAUAGUUGGCAGCCCACAGGGAGGAAUGGACAUCGAGGAAGUCGCAGCCACCAAACCUGAGUUGAUAUUUAAGGAGGUCAUUGAUAUCUUUGAAGGGGUUAGAGAAGAUCAAGCACUUCGAAUGGCGGCCAAUAUGGGAUUUAAAGGUCUACUGCGGCAACAG